AUGACGCAAGACAACAUACCACCUGCCUACCCGAUGCCGACCCAGGAAGAGAGACAGGCUGCACUCGUCGUCGCCGUCAGCCGCAAUCUCGACCCCCAGAUCCAUCUGAGUACUGCAGCUGGAGCAGUCGACAUCAACGCCCAGCCCACGACGUACCCAAUGCCCAACGGCCCCGUACUCAUCACUGUCGACUCCUUCUUCAGAGCCGCUGAAGCCGAGGGCUUCACACCUACCGUGGUCGUCCAGCGGCAUGGUGGCAUCCCUGCGAAGCACCUCCAGACACGCGCGGACAUCCUCAUCCCGCAGGACACGGAACUGAUAGUUGGGAUCAACCUACCCGGCACAACGUUCUAUCAGGUCGCACGUGCUCCUCACCAGCACUUUACACUGCGCGUCGACCUAGGCGACAUGCAAGACGGCGGGAUCAGCGUACCAUGCCCAUCCAUGGACCUCCUCACAGGCAACGUCGUCGAGGUGCGGACUGAAGGCUUCUACGGCCUCGAGUCGCUCAUCGCCCUGCAGACCUUCGCUAUCAAGGGCAUCGGAGGCAUCGUCAACAUUCAAGCCGGCGACUUGAUCUGCUAUGGACUCUGUCCAAUCCCCGCUGUUAAGAACUUCGCGAUCCUCUGUACCAUACACCCCGUCACCGAGAACGCGACGGGUUACAUCAUCAUCCAGCAAAGCGCCGUUCAGGAGAUGCUAGCGGAUAGUGUUCUCGCCUUCGCUGUCGCGUCCCACGUCCCUCUCGAUCCGAACUUCCACGACUACACUGUCAGUUACGAGGCCGUGUCAGCAGCGAGGCAGCAGGAGUUUGCCCAAGAGGACUUCGAGGCCUGCGGCGAGCAAUGCCAGAUCGUCCGCAUUAGAAGAGGGGAUUUGCUUGAGCUUCGCUACAAGCAAGCCAACGGAUUCAAGUAUUGCUGCAACCUGACCACCGGCGACAUCUUCGCACGCGGGCCGAUGGAGUAA